AUGGUGAUGAAUAAAAGUAGUAGUAAAGAAGAGAUGAGAAAAGGUCCAUGGACCGAAGAAGAGGAUGUUCAGCUGCUAUUUUACGUGAACUUACUCGGCGACCGCCGUUGGGAUUUCAUAUCCAAAGUUUCAGGUCUGAAAAGAACAGGCAAAAGCUGCAGGUUGCGUUGGGUUAAUUACCUGCACCCUGGCCUCAAAAGGGGCAAGAUGACCCCUCAUGAGGAGCGCCUUGUUCUUCAGCUUCACUCUAAAUGGGGAAAUAGAUGGUCAAGAAUCGCGCGGAAAUUACCCGGCCGCACGGAUAACGAGAUCAAGAACUACUGGAGGACUUACAUGAGGAAAAAAGCCCACGAAAACAAGAAAUUAAACGAACAAUCAUCGCCAUCAUCAUCAUCCUCGUAUUCCAACUCAACAUCCUCAGACAGCCCCACUCGUGCUAACAUCAAUCCAGACAGCAAAGAUCCAAGCAAAACUGGUUUGGAAAUUGAAAAUGGCGCGGAAGCUUAUUCAAUGGAUGAAAUAUGGAAAGAUAUUGAGAUGUCCGAAGGGUGCAGUGAGUUGACUAGUCGCACGUGGGAUUUCUGUGGGGCCGACUGGUUGUGGGCCGUGGAUGACGUGGAUCACUAUUACUCUUUCCCUUUUACGGAACCUAGCAAGUUAGAAUAUAUAUAAGAGGUUUGUACUUUUAUAGUUUGAAGUUGUAGAAAAUUGAGUGUGUUGUUUAUACUUUAUAGUUAAGGAUUGAGACAUUUGGUAAAGAUUUAUUACAUGUAUUUGGGUGUCAAUUCAACAACUCACUGUAUAAACAGUAUCCAGUAAUUUUACUUUUUUUCUUAUGUCCGAGUGGUGGUUGUACGCUAUGUUAUUAGUGGAAUAAGAUUCAUAUAUAGUGAUCAGCAUUUAUACUCAA